AUGUCACGAUCUAUAUACAAAUUUGGGACCCCAUGGUCGGUGACUUUACGUCCCCGCAGAUUAUUUCAAAAAUCAGGAGCAAGUCGUCGCGGAAGCGUGGUUGGCGCUUUAACUCACUUUAUGGGCAAACCAAGCAGCAUAACAAGCAGAAACAGUAGAAUAGAGUUUCCUUUUACUUUGGAUGAUCAGGAAAACUUGCGAGUAGCCGUGCAAGAGCAGACGGGGCAAGUCACUCAACUUCCUCAACCAGACUCGUUAGAGAAUCCCGACUCGAGUAAUGGCUCGGCAACAUCCCUUCGAAAAAAAGGAAGCAGGAAAUUUUUGAGCUUUAGCAAUAUCGCAAACAUAAAUAACAAUAAAAAUUCAAACUCGAGUACCUCAAAGAAACAAAAAACGCUUGUCCCAACGACGUUCAUGAUAACCAUCGAAGACAAAAAUCAAAUACUAUGCAUAUUCAGGCAAAUUUCGGAUUUCAUCGAUUUUGACCAGCAGCUUCGAAUCGAGUUCCCGAAAUUUCGUCCUACACUACCAUCGUUGGAUGACCGGAGGAAGUCUUUUAUUUUGACCAAACAUUUCUUCUUUCGUAAGUCGACCGCGGAAAAACUCGAGAGCUACUUGCGAAAAGUUGUUGGUGACUCCAAUCUAAAAAAUUCUCCUAGUUUGCGCGAAUUCUUGAGCGUUAGGCCUGAGAAGGAUUACAUAAGAUGGAAAAACGGUGCGCUCAACAAACAGACGCUCGAGAACAGGGUCUGCGCUUCUUCCUCUAGCCGGAUUCAUUCGAAACCGCAUAAGCCAUCUAUAGAUGAUUAUGAGUUAAUGAAGGUUCUUGGAAAAGGGUGCAUGGGCAAGGUAUUUUUGUCGCGAGAGAAAUCCACCAAUAGGUUAUAUGCCCUGAAGGCCAUUUCCAAAGAAUGGGUCAUUUAUCGUCAGGAAACAGAUCACACCAAAACAGAGCGUGACAUUCUCGCGGCGGUUACCACGAUCACUCAUCCAUUCAUAAUCAGACUACGUGACUCCUUUCAGGACAACAACCAUUUGUUUCUCGUGUUGGACUAUUACCCUGGAGGGGAUAUCGCCACCCAGUUGGCAAAAUGGCACAAAUUUGAUGACGCGAGGUGCCUCUUCUAUGCCGCCGAGAUAAUAUUGGGAAUCGAAGAAUUGCACCGCCUGGGAAUCGUUUAUCGAAUUCUUGAUACAAACACGUUCUGUGGAACCGCCGAAUACUUGGCUCCCGAAAUAAUACGUGCCGAGGAUUACAGUUAUCCGGUGGACUGGUGGAGCUUGGGAACUUUGAUGUACGAGAUGAUGACCGGGAUUACACCUUUCUGGGCCGAAGAUCAAAAUAGAAUGUAUCAAAGGGUAUUGGAAGAUGAAUUAGAAUUUCCUGAUGGGAUGUUGCAAGAAGCGAUGAGUUUAUUGCACGGACUGUUACAACGUGAUUAUCGAAACCGCCUCGGUUGCGGACCGAAUGGAUCCAUGGAGAUUAAAACUCACCCUUACUUCGAUUAUGUUGAUUGGGAUGACGUCUACCAUAAGCGAAUAUGUUCUCCGUACAUUCCAACCAUCGAUCACGAAACGGAUCUUCAAAACUUUGACGACACUUUCGUUCGAAUGUCACCAAAGUUAUCUAUGCCCAAACAAGAAAUCUCGCCGAGCAUGCAACAACAUUUUGCCGGCUACUCGUUUUCUGACAAACGCAAAAUGUUGAGAUCGAAAUCAUCCUCCCGCGUGAAAUCAAAUGUCGACAGGAAGAGUGUCAGCAGUUCUCUCGCCGGAAUCCAAUCUCACGGAAACCGAACGUCGGUGUACCAACACGGGUACGAUCAAUCUUAUCAUGACGAUUAUAGUGAAAUGUUAUACCACCACCGGGGCGUGGACAUUGCCAGCGAUAACAAGCAUUCUCGGUGUGGUGAUGACAUCAGUGAAUUUGAGCUAGAUCAAAAUUGCUAUAAUCGUUACACCGUCACAGCUGGUGAAUCCAAUAAAAAUCAUCAUCACUUCCAGAAUCCAAGGGUCUCACAAUACACACUAGACGGACUCUGGCAUUGA